GUUGCGAUAAAGAUCGUGGAUAAGACUCAGCUGGACGAUGAGAAUCUGAAGAAGAUCUUCCGGGAGGUUCAGAUCAUGAAGAUGCUGCGACACCCUCAACAUCAUCCGUCUGUACCAGGUGAUGGAGACGGAGCGGCUGAUCUAUCUGGUGACCGAGUACGCCAGCGGAGGAGAGAUCUUCGAUCACCUCGUGGCUCACGGACGGAUGGCGGAGAAAGACGCGCGGCGGAAGUUCAAGCAGAUCGUAGCAGCGGUUUAUUUCUGUCACUGCAGGAACAUCGUCCACAGAGACCUGAAGGCAGAAAACCUGCUGCUGGACCACAACCUCAACAUCAAGAUCGCAGAUUUCGGCUUCAGUAAUCUGUUUUCUCGAGGGCAGCUGCUGAAGACGUGGUGUGGCAGUCCUCCGUACGCCGCGCCCGAGCUCUUCGAGGGGAAAGAGUAUGACGGACCUAAAGUGGACAUAUGGAGUUUGGGUGUGGUGUUGUAUGUUCUGGUCUGUGGCGCGUUACCGUUUGAUGGAAGCACUUUACAGAACCUCCGCGCUCGAGUCCUCAGUGGAAAGUUCCGGAUCCCGUUCUUCAUGUCCACAGACUGUGAGUAUCUGAUCAGACACAUGUUGAUUCUGGAGCCCAGUCGACGGCUUUCAAUGGAGCAGAUCUGUAAGAACAAGUGGAUGAGACAAGGAGACCCCGACCCCGAGUUUGACCGACUGAUAGCAGAAUGUGAGCAGGUGAAGGUGGAGAGAGAAACAGAGUUAAUUAACGAACAGAUUCUGAUGGCCAUGUCGGAGAUGGGCUUCGACCGAGAGCGGACCUUACAGUCUCUGCACACUGAUGCGUACGAUCACUACAGCGCCACCUACAGUCUGCUGUCUGACAAACUCAAGCGGCACAAGAACCUGUGUGUGGCUCCGCCCACGCCCCGCCCCCUCUACCCACUCAACGCUGUGCAGGAUCAGAGUAGUGCUGUCAGUAUGACGGUGCCGCAGGUUCAGCUCAUAAACCCCGAGAAUCAGAUCGUCGAGACGGACGGGACGAUGGCUCUGGACAGCGAUGAGGGAGAAGAGCCCAGUCCAGAAGCGAUGGCCAGAUACCUGUCCAUGAGACGACACACUGUAGGCGUUCCAGACCCCAGGGCUGAGAUUCAGGAGGAUCUUCAGAAACUGGCCCCUGGGUUUCCGCGAGUGGCCCCUCAGCCGCCCUUCCCUCCGCUGGUUCCCACCAUGGCGCAGAUGCAUCUGAUGCCGACCCCGAACCUGCAGCCCACGCAGCAGCUGGAGUACAAGGAACAGUCUCUCCUGCAGCCUCCCACCCUGCAGCUGCUGAAUGGCAUGGGUCCUCUGGGCCGCCGGGCGUCUGACGGCGGGGCCAACAUUCAGCUCCACGCGCAGCAGCUGUUGAAGAGGCCGCGCGGUCAGUCGCCGCUGGUCACCAGCCCGCAUCCGAUCCCAGCCGUGACUCCGGUGGAUGAGGAGGGAUCCGACACAGAGCCGGAUCCGGAGGCCGUUCAGAGGUAUCUGGCGAACAGUUCCAAGCGGCACACGACACACGGCACGGGCCCCGGUCACACGGUCAGCGAGCUCUCGGCAGAAACACAGAGAAACCGGCAGAGGGGCUGGAGCCCUGAGCAGCACUGCCGGCCGUCGUAUAAAGACUGUAACACUCUUCACCUGCCGAUGGAGCGCUUCUCUCCCGUCAGACGCUUCUCAGACGGAGCCGCCACCAUCCAAGCCUUCAAGACCCAGCUGGAGAACAGCAGCCUGAUCCGACAGCUCAAACAGGAGUGUGAGCAGCUUCAGAAGAUGUACGCGGCUCCGCAGGACGAGCGUCUGAUGGAGCACACACAGCAGCAGCACAUCCUCUACCAGCAGGAACAGCAGAUCCUACACCAGCAGAUACAGGCCCUGUCUUUGGGACAUGGAGAAAACCAGCCCAGCAGUCACCUGACAUACCAGCUACAGAGGUUGCGUAUUCAGCCCUCCAGUCCUCCUCCUACGCAUCCUAACAACCACCUCUUCAGGCCAGCCAAUCAGAGUCCUCCUCCGGGCAGUCAGGGGGUGAUGCAGGCACACGGCGGGCCAUCUGGGGUUCAGUUUCAGCAUGGCUCCGCCCUCUACCAGUCUCCCAGCGCCAGCCCUCCCCCCACCAGCCUCCCCCGCAUGGCGCUGCCCAAUCAGCAGCCUCCGCCAGGCUCCGCCCGCUCACAGCAGCAGCAGGUGACCAUUCAGGUGCAGGAGGUGGAGCUCGGGGGCGGAGCCCAGCGGCAGGGUUUCCUAGCAACGCCGGCUCACAGAGUUCUGGGGAAGCAGCUGAGCGCUGAUAAUGCAGAAACGCACAGUCUGCAGUUUUGAGUCGCUUCCACACUUCUGCCUACGAGCAGUUUAAACCCGCACAUGUUU